AUGGUGAAAUCACAAUUGCUCGAUAUCGGCGAAUUGCCAAGGCCAGAGCCAAAGCUCGAUGGAACUCCUUUUCAGCUUUUUUCCCUGAAAGGCAAGGUAGCUGUCGUGACUGGUGCCUCAAAAGGCAUUGGUUUGGCUGUGGCCGAAGCCUAUGCCAGCGCAGGUGCCAAGGUGGCUCUUCUCUAUAAUCGGACACCCAUCGACGAGAUCGUCAAGGAGUUCGCUGACAAGUACGGCGUGGAAUGUCGCGGAUACAAGUGUCCCGUUACUGACUUCCACGCAGUGAACGACACUGUCGAUAAGAUCGUUUCUGAUUUUGGCAAGCUGGAUAUUUUCGUGGCAAAUGCAGGUGUAGCGUGGGAUAAAGGCGAGAUUUUAUCCAUCGAGGACGACGACGAGGCCAUCAAUGAGUGGAAGAAACUGUUCAGCGUGGACGUCGAUGCCAUUCAUUACUGCGCAAGAGCUGUUGGCAAGUAUUUCAAGAAGCAGGGGUCCGGCUCGUUUAUCAUCACCUCCUCCAUGUCUGCGCACAUUGUGAACUUCCCACAACUGCAGGCUCCAUACAACGCCGCCAAAGCUGCUGUCACACAUUACGCUCGCAGUUUAGCUGUCGAAUGGGCAGGUUUUGCCCGAGUCAACACAGUGUCUCCCGGAUACGUCAAAACUGAGCUUGUUGCACAGCUGCCAGCAGGCCUGAUGAACAAAUGGCUUGGGCUGAUCCCGCUUGGUAGACUGGCUCUUCCAAAAGAAGUCGCAGGUGCCUACGUCUUCCUUGCCAGCGACGCCGCCAGCUAUUGCACAGGCAGCGAUAUUUUAGUUGACGGUGGCUACUGCGUGGCUUAG